GAACAACGCUCUUCCAGCUGUUUGUGGACUCGCGUCAAGAGAUAUGGGUAAUCUGAUCAAAUAAUUUUGUUCGUUAUAUUUGGACUGCGUUUCGUCUGCAAAAUGGAUCUUCUUCUUAUCGUGGGCAAUACUGCUCUCAUCUGUACAAUUGCCAGCAAUUUUGCAGGACUACCUGUUUGCUUUGAAUAUACUAAGAAAAAAACCACUUCAAAUGCUUCAGUGUUACCCUUUCUGGCUGGUGCCACAUGCUGCAGCCUCUGGUUUGAAUACGGUGUUGUAUCUGAUGAUUUCACGUUAAUAUUGGUAAAUAUAAUCUCAGCAUUUCUUCAAUUCUGCUACCUCAUCUGCUUUUAUACUUAUACUCCGUAUAAGUCGCAUACUAAGAAGCUGAUAAUAGCUGCUAGCAUUUUUUUGUUUUGUACCUAUGUAUAUUGCUUCCAUCUAACUGAAAACCAUUCAACUGCAGUUCAGAUAUUAGGGCUUUGUGGAUGUAUAAGUAGCAUCUUGACAUGUGCCGCACCAUUAGCAAGUGUUGGGCAGGUGCUGAAGACAAAAAGCACAGAAAGCCUUCCAUUUCCAAUAAUUUUAGCUUCAUUUAUAGUAACAACUUUAUGGUUCUUUUAUGGCUUUCUAAAACAUGACACAUUUCUCCAGAUUCCAAAUGCUAUUGGGACCAUGCUAUCUGGAUUUCAACUUAGUCUCUUUGCUAUACUCCCAGAAAAAUCAUCUAAAACUGGAACAAUUCAAUAAUCAUCCUAACACAUGAUAAAUAUUUGUAUUUAAGAAUUUUAUUUUAUUAAAAAUAAAAAAAAUGUUUAUAUAUAAGUACAU